AUGGAAUAUAAUAAAAAGAUGCCAAGUAUGCAAAUAAAUGCACAAGAUUUUCACAAAAAAUGUAUUUUACCCAUCCUGAAUUCUCAACCUCCAGACACAAAACGACCAGCUGAACGCACAGAAUCCCUCCAAAAUCGUCCUCGAAGACCAGCAACUAAAUUCCUAUGCUCUUUUCCAAACUGUGUAAAAUUGUUCAAUACUCUCACUGCUAAGGACAAGCAUCUCAGGUACCACUACAAAGAACGUUCGUACUACUGUCAUCUUUGCCCAAAGAGCUACACUCAAAGCAACAAUUUAGUAAAGCACAUGAGGAAGCACAGGACUCCUGCCAUCGAGCUCAGGAGAAUCCACAACUGCGAGUUUUGUAGUAAGAGUUAUACGGAGAAGUAUAACCUCAAGAUCCAUGAGAGGAAAGCUCACCCAAUUGAGUAUGAAAGAAAGUACAACAUCCGGAGUGGCAUAUCAUAA